AUGUCUCGAGAGAGAAAAAGAGCCGUCUUACCUCCUGCCCAAGAGCAUAUUGAUAGAUUGGAGAAACUGGUAAAAGAGGGCAAUUACUAUCGAGCUCAACAAAUGUACAAAUCUAUCAGCACCAGAUAUGUAAAUGCUGAGAGGUUCUCGGAAGCUUUAGACAUAUUAGAAUCAGGAGCAUGCCUGCAGCUGGAAGAGGGACAGGAAAUCUGCGGAGCAGAGCUUGCCUUAAUAUUUGCGGAGACACUAGAGCAGGGCAAAAUUCCUUGUGACGAUCAAAGUCUUGGGCGGGUGAAGAAAAUAUACAGUAAGUUUCCGAGAGGGACACUGCCGAGUAACUUGGAGGAUGAGGAAGACAUGCAGAAACUAACAGAAGCGCUUGGGGUGGCCAAAAUAAGAGUCGACGGCUGUUCCUCUUUCUUGAAAGCCGCCAUCCGCUGGUCCGCCGUCUUUGGUCCCGACGGUCAUGGCUCUCCCAUCCUUCACCUUCUGCUCGCUGAAUACGCUUAUUCUGAGUCCCCCGAGCCGGAUAUGGCUAAGGUGACUUAUCAUUUUGUGAGAGGAAAUGAUCCUUCCAUGUUGGCUUCUACUCUUGUCAAUUUUAUGUCCAAGUGUUAUCCUGGAGAAGAUGAUUUGGCCAUUGCUCGAGCAAUUUUGAGGUACUUAUCUUCAGGUAAUCUGAAAGAUGCAAAAAUACUUAUGGAAGUUAUAAAGAGAGAAGCUGAGGCUGCAGACAUUGAGUUCCCUCAGACAGACUUGAUGCAGUUCGUCAGUUUCCUUUUGCCAACGUUGGAGAGAAAUGUUUUUCCUCUUUUUACCAUGCUGAGAUCGAAAUAUAAGUUAUGUAUUAGCAGGGAACCUGGAUUCAACGAGAUGAUAGAUGCCAUUGCGGAGAAAUUCUAUGGGGUGCAGCGAAGGAAUGCCAUGGGCAUGUUCGAAGAUAUAUUCAAGACGAUGAAGAUGCCUAAUGAUGUUCGAUUUUGA